AUGGGCUCCAGGGGCAAACUAAUGUUAGCCUUACUGAAAGAAAAAGAAAUGACGGAGAGUGUGAUUGUUAAAGAGAAAAUAAGUGUAUUUAUUGAAAAAUCUAACCUCAAGAAGACUGAUUCUGUUACUUUAAAUGAAUGUGAUUUUCAACCAUCAACAUCAUCAGCCCCGACAACCAAACUCGAUUUCUUUGAUGGUAAUCCUGAUGUAACAAAACACUCUUUUGUUACUGAAUUUACCCAUUAUGGGCUAAGCCCAGAAAACCAAAGUGAUGAAACGGAUUCAGAACCAUUUAUUGAAAGUGAAGAGGAAUAUAUUCCCAAUGAUAAUGAAUACAGCAGCUCUUCAAAUCCAAAUAGUGAUAUAGAAGAACUAACAAUUAGACCAAAGAUUAACAAACCUCCCAAAAAUACGCCUCCUCUUAAUGAGGAUUUAACUGAAACUGACACUGCACCUGAUAAUAAAGUAAUAAAUCUUGGCACUCAAGCAAAUGGUAGAAAAAGAAAGGGAAAAUAUUUUCCACCCACUUGGAAGAAACGAAAGGGUGCUCUAGCUAGAUCAAAGGGUGAAUCUUACUUAUCUCAUAAAAAUAUACCUGUUCCAGAAAAGCAAAUAAAAGAAGAACUUCUGUGUCGAGAAAAGUGUAGGCUUAACUGUAGCACUCGAUUUACAAGGGAAGACAGGAUGAUUUUAUUAAAGGAAUUUUAUAGUCUCGACAUUAAUUCAAAAAAUACUUUACUGUUCAAAUCUAUCCAUAAACACGAUGUUAAAAGGGUGAGAAAAGAUAGUAGAAAACACAAAAGCGCAUCAUAUACAUAUUAUGUAACAUUACAUGGAAAUAUAGAAAAAGUGUGUAAAGAAGCUCUUUGUAGCCUAUAUCAAAUAGGUAGGAAGAAAAUUGACAUCAUUAAAAGUAGACUAAACAGUGGCGCAUCAGCACCUCCUCCAGACCAGAGAGGAAGACACUUAAAUAGACCACAUAAAAUUGAUGAUGAGGUUAAGCAACAUGUUAUUGCACAUAUAAAUAAAUUUCCCGCUGAGAUGUCACACUAUUCCAGAAAUCGAAAUCCAAAUAAAAAAUACCUUUCUCCAUUAUUAAACCUAAGUAAAAUGUACCAGCUUUAUCUGGAGGAAUGCGACCAAGAAAAACUUCCUGAAAAAUUUAGAGUAAAAAAAAGUUCAUAUUCAAAACUAUUUGUAACAAAGUUUAAUUUAUCAUUUGGGUCCCCGAAAAGUGACACGUGUAGCAUAUGUGAUACCGGUGAGUCAAAAGAAGAACACAAAGAAAACUACAUAGCAGCAAUAAAUGCACUUAAAAUGGACAGAGAGAAAGCUAAGACAUUGGACAAUAUUGUUUAUAUUACAAUCGACAUGCAGCAAACAAUGCCACUCCCAAAAAUUACUACUUCAAAGGCGUUCUACUUGAGACAAAUGUGGUUUUACAACUUUGGGAUUCAUGUAGUUACAAAAACUCUAGAAAAUGCUUCUUUCUGUACCUGGACGGAAGACAUUGCUAACAGAGGAAGUUCUGAGACCUGUAGUUCCUUAUUGUAUUACAUCGAAAUAGAUGAAACUCUUAGAGACAAAAAUCAUUUGCUUAUCUGGUCUGAUUCUUGCGCCGGCCAAAACAAGAAUUUUUCUAUGGUCUGUCUUUAUCAAUAUUUAAUCCUAAAAGGAUAUUUUCGCUGUAUUGAUCACAAGUUUCCUGAAGUGGGUCACACGUAUCUGGAUUCUGAUCGGGAUUUUGGCAGAAUAGAAAAAGUGUUGAGAAAGCAUGACACAGUGUAUGUACCGGAGACUUAUCGGGACAUCAUUGUAAAAGCCAGCAAAAAAAAUAAAGUUAUUGACAUGACACAACAUUUUAGAAACAUAACAGCCCUGCCUGAUAAUCUUCGACUUAUUAAUAGAAAAAAAGAUGAACUAAAUGAAACAGUAAGAUUUAGAGAUGGCAUUAAAUGGAUCAGAGUUGAAGAAUAUGGGUCAUAUCUGUAUAAAGAAUCAUACGAUGAAACAGUACCAUUUAAAAAAGUAAAUAUUCUAAAAAAUAAAAAGAUUACAGAACCACCACAAAACGUUGAAAUCCAGAGAGUUAGGGAAAAAUAUGGUACUAUAUCAGAUGAAAAAAAAAAGAACCUCAAAGAUCAACUAAAAUUUUGA